AUGUCUUUGUCCCGGCCGUUGCAUUUAGCAAGAUUAUUUUCAACAUAUUCAAGUUUAAGACCUGAAUUUCGUAGGUUUCUCAGAAAUUUUCGUGAAUAGGCUCAUCUUUAAUGUUUCAGAAUCGUGGGAAAUAGUAUAAACCAAUGGAAAUCGAAGCCUCUGGAUCGGAAAUUCCUUCUGAAAUCUCUACGCUUGUCCGGCUUGACGGCUCAAUUCUCCGCAGUUUUUCUGCGAAGAGCCGAAUGUCAGGCGAGAUUGUCAAAAAGGAGCGAUAUCGCGAAACGUGAGAGGGAGCACGACCCUGAAGCUUCGCUCACAUUAUCCGACAUUUUCACUCUGAUCAAGCCUUAUUUGGGGUGGCUGAUUGCUGCUGUUGUGGUGAGAGUCCAGAGGAAAAAGAAAACUAAUGAGUUUCCAUUUAAGUGCGCUGUUUUGUCCGCGAUAAUCAACAUAAAAAUCCCACUGUGUCUGGGAGAUCUGGUCAACGUUCUGGUUGACGUGAUAAAAAGCGAGUCGAAGGAUGUUGCUGCACACUUUGACGAGAUUAAACCUCAUGCCGUUCGACUGCUCACUUAUUACGGGAUCCAGGUAACUUUUUGUAGUGACUUUGAUUUUCGUGGUGGCUGGAAACUAAUUUGCAAAGUUUGAAAAUAGUUUUUGGAAAGUUCAAAAUUUCUUGUGUAUCUCGAAAAUGACAUUGAAAACGGCUUCUUCUUUCUGGAAAGUUCAAUAAAACAUGUCUGUUCUUUGUUAAACAAUUAGCCAAUGGACCGUAUCUUUUUGAGAUGAAUAUACGCUUUGAAAAUAUAAAAAGACAAUGAAGUUGUACCUUUUCUGAAAGAAAUCUUCCUAUUUCUAUCCGAUUCGGUAAAAAUUGAAACAUUGAAAAAGCUUAUAGUGCAUCGGAUGAAAUUAGAAAUCUUUGACGCCUGCUCUUGAAAUGUCGAAAGUCAGUUUAUAGUCGGCGCACCUUGAUAGCAACCGUUUUCCAGCUGUUAAGCUUUAACCCAUUCCAAAUGCGAUCUUUUUCGAUCUCAUUUCACCUUUUCAUUUUCCAGGCCGUCCUCACUUUCAUGUAUAUUUCGUUUCUAACGAUUCUCGGCGAGCGGAUGGCCGUCGACAUGCGUCUGAACCUCUUCAAAAAGUUGCUUUCACUUGAUAUGUCUUUCUUCGAUACACAGGUAUCCUCAAAAAAUGAGAAAAAUUUUUACUUUUUGAUAGAAAACGGGCGAAUUGUCUUCACGGCUAAACACGGACGUCCAGGAGUUCAAGAGCAGCUUCAAAUUGUGCGUUUCUCAGGGAUUAAGGACGAUUGCACAGGUUUUAUUUUUUAAAGGGGCUCCGCGCAUGAACAUACAUGGGCAGAGUCCGAACGUGGUCCGUCAGGGAGGAAAGUUCCCAUUAGGCUAUUUUCAAGAAUGGAGGGCCGGCAAAUCGAAUUGAGUUUGAUUGAAACGCAUUUUUUAACGUUUCCCGAGACAGAAAUUUUUUUUAAAUAAUUAGUUUUCAAAUGUAGACGGUGAAAUGGGUUAGUUUUAAACUUUUUGGAGGGUUUCAAGCGCUUUUUUCUUCUUUCGACGUGCCUCUUUUGGACCGACGUGCCUCUUUUGGACCUGAAAUUAGUUUUUUUUUUCCAGAAUCAUUGAAAAAAAGUUGGCAUUUUGAAAGAAAAAAGUCCUGGAGAGGGUUCGGCGGCCCUGAAGUUCGGUCUGCCCAUGUGUGCGCGUGAAUUUGGUGUACGCUGGACUUGAACGGGAUCUAUGGACUUAAACCGGGACCCGAAAUUCUAUUUCGGGCGAUCGGUCAGGGUUAAACGGAAAAAUGAAAGUAGCAUCCGCAGGUGCUACCAACAUGAGAGUUCCACUGCAUCUUGUCAAAAUCUGAGAGAAUCAUCAAAUGGAAAAAUCCUUUUUUGAGACUCUCGGCUGCAUUGGCUCGUUAGUAACGCUGUCCGCCAAGAUGACUCUCUACACGGUGGCCGUCGUUCCCGGAAUCAUCCUGAUGGGAUCGAUUUUCGGCGCCGCUUUGAGAGUUUUGAGCAGAAAGUUUUUCAAAAAUCUGACAAAAAGUAUAUAUGCGAAACUAUCCUAGAGCUCAAGCUCAAUCAGCGGCAGCUGCGGCGACUGCCGACGAAGCUUUCGGCAAUAUCCGUACUGUCCGAGCUUUUGCCAUGGAAAAGCAGGAGGAAAAGUUGGGAAUGCAUUCGGAGGUGACAUGAAGUAGAAAUAUUCAAGAUUAUUCGAAGAGGAGCUCAGAAAGUCAUGCCAGCUCCAGGAGCAGCUCGGUUUCGGCGUUGGAAUGUUCCAAGGUCGGAUUUCCACUGGAAAAGUUCAUUUUUUGAUUCUAGCUUAUCAUAAGAUGUGUUCUUUGGGUGAAAUUUCAUUUUAGAUUUGUCAGGUUUGAAAAAAAAAUCAAUCAAUAUGUAGGUUGAUUGAAACUUAGCGUUUAAAAUAAUUUUAAUAAGUUUUAUCAUCUUUUUUCCUGAAAAAAAGGCUCGAACUUCUGUAAAAAUCUAUUUUUGCCUUUGAGGACAUAUCUCCUUUGUUCCAAGAGUUUUUUUGUACCCAAUUGGCCGAGAUUUCAGUGAACUUUAGGUGCCACUAAUCUGUUCCUCAACGGAAUCGUUUUGUCUGUUCUGUAUGGUGGCGCUUCUCUUAUUGCCCAGGUUUGUGAGCGGGUCAUAAAAAAAUAUUGUUUCGUAUCCGUAAAAAAAGAGCACAAAAAAAUAUCGCAGUUAUAACGUUUAAAAAUAUUCACGAAUUUUUUUCAGGAAAAAAAGUUUCCAAGAUGUAGAGAUAAGUUCACAAGAUAAUACUUCAUUUCAUCAAAAAUUUCGUUUUGAAGCCACUAGAAGUGAAUGUAUAAAGAUAUUCCAAGGAUUCCAACGAAUAUCUCGAACGAGAAGAGAGUGGACAUGAACAGCUAAACUUAAAAGGUCCAAAGAGGCUUAGUUCAGUUUUUGCUUUUUAAACUGAAAUGUUUCUUAGCGUUUUUCAAACUUCAAACCUUCCAGAAAGCUAUUUUCCAUGUUGCUUCCUAAUUGAUUCAAAGUUACCUUGACACGGAACUCGAAUAUUUCUUUAAAAUCAGCUGAAUAGAUCAAAAAAAUAGAAUAGGAGUGAACCUAGUUGAUGAAUCGACUAAAGCAACGGAGUAAGGACUUCUAAUGCGUUUUGAAAUUAAAAUUAUUUUAUUGCCCAGAAAAGUGUCAUAAGGGAAGUCUUUUUCGAGGCUGUUAUCGAAAAACGAUGGUUGAAAAUGAUCGUGAGUCCAUCUAAAACUGGCAGGGCGGAUUUUUUGAACAGCUCUUUGAAAAAAAAAACUUGAGUCAGAAGAAUAUUUCAUUUUUAGGAUUAUUUUGUGUUAUUUCCAUAUUUUGAGAACGAGAUGUCCCCUGGAGCCUUGAUGUCCUUCUUAGUGUCGGCCCAGACGAUCCAAAGAUCUCUCAGCCAACUUUCCAUCAUAUUCGGCACCGCUGUCAAGGGCUGGACGGCUGGGGCCAGAGUUAUGCAAGUAAGGAGAAAAUGGUCCUUCUUGAAGGGAAAAAGGACUUUUGCAGUUCUCGAAAAUGGAGCCCUCGAUUCGCAUGGAUGACGGCGUCUGUAUACCUUAUCACACUUUGUGGGGCGAUAUCCGAUUCGAGAACGUCUCAUUUUAUUAUCCCAAUCGGCCUGGUCACAAAGUAGGCUUUCGGGCUCCCGAAAACAGCUUCCUGGAGUUUUCGAAAUGCUAAAACAAAUUUCAUGAAAAUCUCAAGUUUUUUUUAGCUUCAAACCAUCCAGGAAGCCAUUUUCCUACAUAUUUAAGUCAAUUUUCAAAGGUUUUUUCUAGGUUUUUGAUGACUUGGACCUUGAAAUUCCGGCUGGACAAAUUGUCGCCUUGUGUGGACCCAGUGGCGAGGGUGAGAAUAUAGUUCGUUUUGAAUGAAAUGUCACAAAUAUUAAAAUAUUUUAAGAAAAAGUAUUUCAAUUCAAAAAGUUUUUCUUAAAGUCGGUUAGUAUUCAAUUUCCCAUUAGUGGUUCAGAACUUGAACUCUACCGAAAGCUUCCGGAUUUAUGAGAAUAAGGUUUGUAGCUUCAAGUUUAAAACUUCUGGAAAAGAUUUAUAGAAAGAACCUUCCAAUAUUCUUGUUCUUAGUGGGUUUUCCUUGGAAUUUCCAUUUUGUUAAAGCAUUUGUUGUGGAAAAUUGAAAUUUCUAGUAACUUACUAGUUAGUAUAAUUUCCUUUCCAAAAAAAUCGUCUGUAUAAGAAUAGGUAUGACAACUUCAUAGUCAUCAAGUAAAAAUCAAAGCAAACUUUUAAUUUUUAGGUAAGAGUACGAUAACACACAUGUUGGAGCGGUUCUAUGAGCCGCAAAAUGGUCGAGUCACCCUUGACGGACAAGAUUUGAGGGACCUCAAUGUGGAAUGGCUUCGUGGGAGGGUGAUUUUGACAAAGAAAUCAAAUCCAAGAAAUAAUAUUUUCAGGUAAUCGGCUUGAUUUCCCAAGAGCCGGUUCUUUUCGCGACAACAAUUGAGGACAAUAUUCGUUACGGUCGUCCCGAAGCUACUGAUGAAGAGGUAAAAACUUCCUAAAGUGAGAAAUAUGUGGAUAUAAAUUCUGCGAGAAGCUGAAGUGCGCUCGAGAAUUAGUGGACCCUAUAGAGGAUUUAUUUGAACUUCCUAAAGGAAGGAAGAAGGACACUUAUAGGAGGUUUUUUAAGGGCAGAAAUCUAGAAACUUGAAGUACGCAAGUAAGGUUGAACACCUAUUUUCACCUAUUGUUGCAAUUGAUCUCUGUAGGAUUUUUUUCUGUUUAUAGUACCAACUCCAGCUUUUUUCAGUUCCAUUGUAAAACAUUACAACACUAUCACGAUGAUCGUGAGAAAAGCUUUGAAUCAAAAUUCGGGAAAUUUUUUCACGGACUCACAAUGCUUGUGCUUUGAUAGCCAACUAGAAAAAUCUGGAGUUUUUAAUCAUCAAGAAAAUCUUGUAUGAAGGCGUUUUGGUUGUAACUUUAUAUCUUCAUCAUUUUGAAUUCGAUUUAUGAACGGUAAUUUUUUUGAAAAGUGUGAAAUUUUUUUCACAAUUUUUCUAUAAAAAAAAUAAUCUCUGAGUUUCCUUUUUCCAAUUGACGCACUCUCCGGAGAAAGGCUUCCUCACCAGGAUUACAUUACAACUUAUUGGAAGCCCCCCUCAAUCUCUCCGGCUAAAAAUACAUAAUCGCUUGAUUUUCGCCUCGUGAUGGGAAAAGCCGCAUUUUAAUGGGAAAAAAAUAAGAAGGAUUGUUUUCAGUGCAUUUAGGGAAUUUCAAGAAUGAGAUUUCGAGAACUUAUUUUUGAUAAGUUCUCGAAUUAUUUGAACGAUGAUUUACCUUUAAAAAAAUUAGGGAAAAAUUUUAAAAAAGUUCGGGAGGUUUUUUUUUCCGUAUGAUAGCUUUUUUUUUGACGACCAAGGAUGAUUUUUCUUCCCGAAAAGGAUAAAUAAUUGAUUUUAAGAGGAAUUUUCUACAUUUUUCCUGCAUGAAGUAUACUCGAACAGGCCAAGUCGAAACCACCUCCUAAGAUCAAAACGUAAUGUCCCUGAAUAGGGCACAUGCUUGGUCUCCGCCUAACUUUAAUUUUCUCAGCUACCUGUCAGAGAGUUAAUUUUUUUAAAUACCUUUAUCACCUAUCACCAGACUAAUUGAGCAGUACUUGCCCACAUAAAAACAAUUAGCGGAAUAAAAGAAAAAAAAUUUUAGGUGCGACAAGCGGCAUUGAGCGCCAACGUGGACGAAUUCGUGAGGAAGUUCCCCAAUGGCUAUCAGACUGUCGUUGGCGAACGUGGCGCCCAGCUUUCCGGAGGUCAGAAACAGAGGAUCGCCAUCGCUCGGGCCAUUUUGAAAAAUCCGCCGAUCUUGAUUCUCGACGAGGCAACGUCGGCCCUCGACUCGGAGAGCGAAAUUAUGGUGAGAAUAUCCAAAAAAGUGUGAUCGUACAAAUUCAAUUAAUUAGUCUCAAUUUUUUUAUUUCCUUGUCCAAGUGUGGCUGUCCGUAGAAAAAGCAAAAAGAAUUUGAAAGUUACGGAGAAUUCUUUAUUCUCAAAAUCGAAUACGUUCUCAGAUUUUUUUCGUUCUCAAAAAAAGGUUUUCGAUCAGUUUUUUUUUGACCCUUCAGUGGAACUGUACAGGAAAAAUGUGAGAAAAUGAAAACGAAGGAAGAGGAAAAAUUAAUUCAAAGAUUAAAAAGAUGAUUUCAACUUCAAAGUUAGGGUUGGUUAUGAAAUAUGAGCCGGAAAAUCAAAUAAUUAUUUCUAACCGGACAACCUAUUAGUGUAUUUCAGGUCCAAGACGCUUUAAAUUCGGUUAUGAAGGGCCGAACCGUGCUGAUAAUUGCCCAUCGGCUGAGCACGAUUCGAGACGCUCAACUGAUUUAUGUGAUCAAAGAUAAAAAAGUUGUAGAAUGACCGACUUCGAGAAAAAUAUUAUGAAAUUGAGGCGAUCGAGAAAGGAACGCACGAUCAGUUGAUGAGGAACAAGAACUCGAUUUAUAAGAAAUUGGUCGAGGCCCAGCAAAUCAAGUGA